AAGCUAAUGUAUGUGCAGUUUACCUUUAUAUAAUUAUUCCACACCUCAUCUGAAGCCGUAAAAACUUGCUGAAUUUUUUAACAAUAGUAUUUUUCUUUCCACUGUAAACUUGCUGAACACACCGCUUGAAUUACGCCAACCCGAAGCAAGACCGUCUAAAAGUAAAUCUAUCAAAGUUCUGGUUUCUUGUGGACUCCAUGGAAGGUGUACAUCAUCAAACAUGGAUCGAGCCCAUCAUGGAGAUCAAGAAGUCCUUGAAGAAAGAGAAAGAAAUGCAUUACAUGAUGACGAGUUGGAUGCUGAUAUUAUUUUGUUGGUGCUCUUGAUUUUGUUUCGGAUGUUGUAUUUGAGGAAAUGCCUACGACAUGGACCUCAAUAUUUUCGACAGUUGUAUCGAAUGUAUCCACAAAUAUUUCUGAAGUUAUGUAAAGAACUCCGGGAGCAGACAAGUUUAUGCGAUACAAAAUAUAUUAGUGUUGAAGAAAUGGUUGCAACUUUUCUUCUAGUAGUCGGUCAAAAUUCAAGGUAUUGUUAUACAAAAGACACUUUUAAUAGGUCAACGUUUGCAACAAGCGUGAACUUUCACAAAGUUUUGCGGGCUCUUAAUCAAAUUGCUCCAAGUUUGAUGGCUAAACCGGAGAUUGCAGUGCCUACCAAAAUUAGAGAAAGUACGAGGUUUUAUCCGUAUUUUAAGGAUUGUGUUGGAACUAUUAAUGGUACACAUAUCCUUGCAAUGGUAUCACAGAAAAAAGCGCCUUCUUUUCGUAACAGAAAAGGUGAUUUAUCGCAAAAUGUGUUGGCUGCUUGUAAUUUUGAUCUCGAAUUUAUGUAUGUUCUUAGUGGAUGGGAAGGUUCAGCUCAUGACUCAAAAGUAUUAAAUGAUGCUUUGACAAUGAACAGUAAUCGACUACCAGUUCCAGAAGAAGACGAAAGUGCAGAAGAAGUUGUCGAAGAAAUUAAUGACAAUAAUGAUGAAGUUCUUACAACCCAAGAUCAACAGAGAGAAUAUGUCAAUCAGUGGAGAAAAACAAUAGCAUCAAACAUGUGGAGUGAUUCAAUUGAGAAUUUAUAGAUCAGAACGUGA